CUCUUUUUUAGUCCUUGUACCAAUUUCUUAGCUUUGCUAUGAUUGUCUCCUCCGCCCUUAUGAUCUGGAAGGGUCUGAUGGUGGUGACAGGCAGCGAAAGUCCCAUUGUUGUUGUAUUGAGUGGUAGUAUGGAACCAGCAUUCCACAGAGGUGAUCUCUUAUUCCUUACCAACUAUAAGGAAGAACCCGUUCGUGUAGGUGAAAUUGUUGUCUUCAAAGUGGAGGGACGAGACAUUCCCAUUGUACAUCGUGUUAUUAAGUUGCAUGAAAAGGAAGAUGGCUCCGUUAAAUUCUUGACAAAGGGCGAUAACAACAAUGUCGAUGACAGAGGUUUAUACGCUCCCGGACAAUUGUGGCUAACGAAAAAGGAUAUUGUUGGCCGGGCUAGAGGGUUCUUGCCGUAUGUUGGCAUCAUUACGAUAUUUAUGAACGAAUAUCCUAAAGUCAAGUGGGCAAUUUUAUCAAUCUUAGCCAUUUUUGUUUUAUUACAUCGUGAAUAAUGUCUGGUUUUAUUUUGUUAACCAAAACCAAACAAUUAGAAGACUUGAUCCAUUGAAAGCUAACAAAUGCCACAAAAACACAAAACUCUCUCUAGACAACGUAAUAGAAUAAAACGUCAUAUAA